AUUUCACACAAAUAACAUUCAAAAACAGGCUUUCACCACUUCAGCUCUUCACAGGGAUCAUAAGAACAGCUGACAUAUGUCUGGACCAAACGGAGAUCCUGAUGUUUCAGCUGAUGAUGGAAUCGUCGAGGAUGAAGAGGAAUUCAGUGAAGAAGAAUACACAGCCAUCGACUCCAUGCUGGACCGGAUCAACUCCUGUCUGGACCACAUCGAGGAGAGAAACCAGGCUCUGAACGGAAAACUGCACGAGCUGCUGGAGUCCAACAGAGAGGCUCGGAGAGAGUUCAGAGAACAGCAUCCUCCUGAUGAAGAGCCAGAGUCCACUGAAGACUAGAGGAACCAACACCAUUCACAUCUCGAAUAUGUACUUACGUCGACUGUCUAAACUGUGCUGUAUUAGAUUAAAGCCUCGAAUGGCUUAUUACUUUCAUAUGAGUUAUUAUAGUCAACUAUAAAUAUAAAAGCUUUAGGGAUGCAACACUACAGUUCAAUUCGUACCUCGGGUUUCUGAUAGCUUGUCACAUCUGUGUCUCAUGCAACAAAUUAACAACAAAAAACUCGAGAAAAAAUAAAUAAAUAAAU